ACGCUCUUCCGUCUGUCCUCUGACACACUUUCUCGUGCUAACACCGAGUCUUCUCUAUUGUAGGUGACGCCAUCGUCCACUUCUAGAGCCCUCUAACACACUGUCUCGCGCAUACGUUAUGUUGUCAUAUCAUAUCACCCUGGCAUGGAUUCUUUAACCGAAAGGUGCGCUCAGAGUAGUCGCAAGAUUAACCCCGUGAGAUGGUUUCCAGGCCUUUCUCAAUGUAAGAAGAGUGUUGCUGCCAAAAGUGUCAAGACGAAGAUUGUUAGGUGGUUUCCGGACCUGCGUCAAUGUUGUACAAGCGGAGGCGAGAAGCAGAACCCUCUACCGAAGCUCAGUGCAAAUGGUGAGACGACGACCAAUGUCUGUUUGUUUCCGAAGCGUCCGCGAUCGAACACGACAACAAGAAGGGUUAUUGCCCCAUGGCGAGCGACAAACACAGUGAAAGGUCUCUGCGCAAUUGGCAAAACUGGGAGUACAGUCCAGACAGAGCACCCAGGGAAGCGUCAGUGCCCGAACGCUAUAGGGGAAGAAUCCAGAGAGAUUGACGAUGUACAGGACAUGAGCGAGAGCUUUGUUGUGAAAGAAAUGUUCAACAACAGUGUUGCGCAAGAAUUGCGUGACAACGACAUUGAGGAGGAGGAAUCUAGCGACGACGAUGAUGAGGAGGAGAAAUCCAGCGACGACAAUGAGGAGGAGGAGGAAUUGAGCAAGGAUGAGGAUUCGGACGACACAGACUCCGAGGACGAUGAAGGAAAGGAAGAGUCAGAAAUUGAUGUCGACAUGUUCAAGAAAAGUUUAUCUGGAUAACUUUUAGGAGAAGCGAAGCAGGUAGUUGCACAGGAGGUGAGAAGAGAAUUGUACAACAAAUCAAGCAAGAGUGA